AUGUCCUCAGUUUCCGGCGAUCAAUCUUCGCAAUUCAUACCACCUCAGUCUGGGCAACCGUACAGAUCCUUAUUUGGAGGCUCAAGCAGUCAUGAUGUCGCCGAUCUGGGACCACUUUCCCAGCCGCAGCGGGAUGCUGCCUUUGACCAACAUCCACAUAACGCUGUCACGGAAGAUGGACCAUUAGUUGAUAAUGGUUUUUCUGAUGAGGAUGCAGACUACAUUGGUAGUGAUGGUGAUUUUUCUGGUGAUGCAGGCUAUUUUGAUAGUGAUGAUGGCGGGAACUCUGUUACUCAAGACGACAUUCCAAGUAUCCAUGGCAAAUACCAGAAGAAGUCUACCCAAGAGCCAAAUAGCCCCCCAUCGUCACCUUCAUAUCGACCCAACAGAUUCCGAGGUCUUGAAUCUACGUGGAGAAAACUAACCGCCGGGGACAGACAGAUUGCCGACGCACUUGAGAAUCUCCGGGCCAGGGACCUUGCCGCCCACUUGUUUAAUGCUUAUGCACUCCGAGUACGUGCCGGGGAGAUAGCCAGGAGAGCAGCCGGCAAUGAGGAGCAACUAGAUCCACUAGAGGCAUUUGCCCCUCCAAAAUGGUGGACAGCAUGGCCCCUACCUGCAAAUGAAGUUCUUCGUGGAAGUGAACAUUUCCGAAGGAGAGAAGGUGAAAAUCGGACACGGAAAAUGCCACACGAUCCUCCACCAAGUGCGGAUCUCGAGGAAUCUAUUAUUGCAGUUAUGCUCAAGUCUGCAAAAGAGAGAUACGAAUCACGACCGUGGGAUUCUGAAAACCAUUCGCUGUGUAGCGUCGCGUCUCAAGAAUAUACCCUGAAAGACAUCCAGGAAGACACCCAGGAUGACAGUUCUGGCAGAGACGAAAGCAUGAAAAUUGAGCCUGACUCUGGCGAUGAGCGUCCACUCCGCCCGGUCAUGCAGGCCGAUGACGAAAUAUCACGGCUACAGCUACGUCCUCUCACGCGCAAUAUAAUUACUCAAUUGGAUCGCCUUCUGAUGGGUCUUCACCAUGCGCGCAAGGGUGUUGUUGAAGAUAGCUCGGACAGUGAAUGGCAGACCGAUACGGAGAGCAUCGUUUCAGGCAUGUCAUCCCCCCAAAAGAGGAGGGCAAGCCGAUUGUCUGAAAGAAGCCAAUCACGGGGGAGGAAACGCACUUGCAAAUCGAUCCGCGUGCCCCGGUCUGGAGACUCGAUGGGGCUGGGUUCUGUCCCAAACUCGCUUCCACAAUCAAGAGCCUCAACAUGCUCACGAGGCCGCUCUGUUGGCAGCAAAAGCAGCAUGCGGUCAGCCAGUCGUGUGCUUCCCGGUGUUCGAGACUGGAGUGAAGUAUUGGGGGUAGCUUCUAUGGUAGGAUUUCCUCCAACCGUGGUGAUGCGUACGGCCCAAAGAUGCGCAACUCUGUUCGGGGAGGAUAUGGUAUUUCGAACUUUUACCGAGGAGGCAUUGCAGACAGAAGAAGAGGACGAAGAGGAAAGCGAAGAAGAGUACCAAGAAGAAGACGAAGAAGAAGAAGAAGGGGGAGUGGAUGCUGCCGUUUGGGAAUACGCAAAAAGCGAAUCUAGAGAACCCGAGUCUUCUCUACCAUUACCACCACCUGAACGCGAACGGUCACGAUCCCGUGCGACCUCCCGUGCGGCGUCUGCGAAAGUCGGCUCCAAUUCACGACCUACAUCUAGAGCCACGUUGCGCGCUGCAUCUCGAGCCACAAGCCCUACACUGAACGUUAACGAAGAGGAAGUGAGUCAACCUAAGGGCAAGGGGCCACAUCGCAAGAAAGACAUAAUUUGCCCUAUCAAGACAUGCCCGCGACAUGAGGAUGGAUUUUCGCGGCGCUGGAAUCUCAAUAAACAUAUCAAAAGCAUGCAUCCUUGGUACCGAAAAAGCACCGAUGCAAAAUCUCCUGGUGCUAUGCAAACAGAAGAUGAAAGUGACGCUGAAUGA